AUGUCUCUCUUUGCUGUUCUUCCGCCACCAAAACAUAAAGAAUUAGGUUUGAACAACAAUUCAUCAUCGGAUCAGGACGAUCAAAGACAAAAGGAAAAACGAGGAAAGGAUAAAGUUAAAAUUCCACUCUACGGAAAAAGAGAACACUCAAAUUGGAUACCACAAACUGAGGAUGAUUUUGCUGAUGGAGGAGCCUAUCCAGAAAUAUUUGUUUCUCAAUUCCCUAUGAAUAUGGGUAGAAAAUCGGAAUACAAAAAUGCAUCAGGAAAUGUUGUUUCUGUUCAAGUGGAUGCGGAUGGAAAUGUUAAUUUUGAUAAAAUUAUUACUCAAGGACAGAGAAAGGAUGCUUUAACAUUUACUAAAUUUUCAGAUAUGAUCGGCGCUGAUGUGGAAGAGGAUGAAUUGGCAAAACCAACAAUUGAAGAAACUUCGGAUAAUUUACUCGAAACUAAGAAAGCACUCGAACUAAGAGUUGGUGGUAAAAUUACAGCUGCUCAUAUUGGAAAUGCUGUUAGUCGUUCUGUUGCUGCAUCAAAAGAAAAUCAAAUAGAAAAGAGACAAUUCUUUAGAUAUAAACCUAGAGGAGGUACUGAUGAUGAUAUCAAGUAUAUACAAAUUGAAGAGGCUCCUACCGAUCCAGUAGAACCAGCUAAAUUCCGAAUGAAAAAGAUGCCAACUGGGCCACCUUCUCCUCCUCCAACUGUAAUGCAUUCCCCACCUAGAAAUCUUACAAAGACUGACCAGGAUAAUUGGGACAUUCCACCUUGUAUUUCUAAUUACACAAACAGAAAAGGUCUUAUUAUUCCAUUGGAUAAAAGAAUUCUUGCUGAUGGUAGAAAUUUACAACAAUCAACAGUUAAUCCUAAAUUUGGUGACUUUACAUCUUCAUUAUAUUUGGCUGAACAUAAUGCUAGAUUGGAAAUUAAGGAAAGAGCUGAAAUGCAAAUGAGACUCAACGAAAUGGAACAAGAAAGAGAAUUACAAAGAACUAGAGAAUUGGCAAAUCGUGCCAAAAAGAUGCACAAAGACAUUAAAGAUAAAGAGGACAGAGCUAGGGUAAGAAAUCAAGACAGAAGAACUGGAGGUUUAACGGAGGGUAGAUCCGUCUCUGAAAAGGUCAACUUUAACCAACCACAAAGAUCGAGUGUCGCUUCAGGAGAGGUUCAAAUUGAUAGCAGAUUGCUCAAUCGUGCAUCAGGACUCAAAGAUUCAUUUGAUGACGAUGACUACAAUGUAUAUGAUAAGGCAUUAUUCGGAGAAUCAAACAAUGGCAAACUCUAUAAUCCAAAUAUGGACAGAAUCAAAAUGUUCCAAGAAUUGGAUGAAAAUGUAAAUAUGAGAGACAAGUUCGAGACUGAGGAUGAGUCCUCUAAAUCAAGAAGACAAGCAGGACCUGUGGUAUUUGAAAGGGAUGGUGCAUCUUCUGUUUCAGCAUCCAAAGCACCAGCUGCUAGAGAAGAACCUUCAGAUGAUGAUCCUUUUGGUUUCUCCAAGUUUCUUAAAGAUUCUAAAAAGAGAUCAAAUUUGGAUCAUAUUGGACAAAGAGGAUUCAUGAAGGCAGCCGCUGGAAGUAGCUCUCUAAAUGCUGAAGAUUAUCGUGAUAGCAAAAAGAAGAAAAUGGAAUUCACCUCAAGUAAAGAAUAA